GGAACAGCAAGGCGGUGAAAAACAGAAGAGAAUACGGUGAGACAGAGUAAAAAGGGCAUAUGAAAGCAGGAUGGAAGGGAAGCAGAAAAUUGCUGUGUGAGGUUAUUUGGAGGGUUAGAUGGGAGAGGGAGUCUGCGUCAGGCGCUGGCAGGAAAGCGCCUCCUUGGGUACCUUGGGGUUUAGAGUAGGAAAAACAGAGCCAGGGAGAGGUUGCAGUCAAGAUUUGCAAAGACAUGAUGAUGGACUUCCCAACCUUGAUGUAGCUUCGCGGAAGAUGGAAAUCAUUUUUCUGACGUGACGAAACAAAUCGUGAGAAAGUCAAUGUACUGCUUCCACCCAUGGACCUUAGUGAGCACAGGCAGACCGUCCACCUGUAAUUGCUGCAUUAUCAGGCUGUAAAUGCACAGCUCUGUGGGUCAGAGGAAGAAAGAAAGUGCCGUCAUUGCCAGGAAAUGAAUGGGACCACCACCUGACAGUCUUUCAAGCACUCGCUGAUUCAGCAAUAAGUAAACGGGUCCAUAUAUCAAGGAAGCACAUCAACAGUCAAGGAAAGAAGGGUGAAAAUGCCUGAACAAAGUAAUGACUACAGGGUGGUGGUUUUUGGAGCAGGGGGUGUUGGGAAAAGCUCCCUUGUACUUCGGUUUGUAAAGGGAACCUUCCGAGACACGUACAUACCAACCAUCGAGGAUACCUACCGGCAAGUCAUCAGCUGUGAUAAAAGUGUUUGUACUCUGCAGAUUACAGACACAACAGGAAGCCACCAGUUUCCAGCUAUGCAGCGCCUGUCUAUUUCCAAGGGUCAUGCCUUCAUCUUGGUUUAUUCUGUCACCAGCAAGCAAUCUGUGGAGGAGCUCAAGCCCAUAUACCAGCAGAUUCUACAGAUCAAAGGCAAUGUGGAGAGCAUCCCUGUGAUGCUAGUCGGCAACAAGUGUGACGAGACACAGAGGGAGGUGGAGACUGCAGAGGGUGAGGCCCAGGCCAAAGAGUGGAAGUGCGCCUUCAUGGAAACAUCAGCCAAAAUGAACUACAAUGUGAAGGAACUCUUCCAGGAGCUUCUAAACUUGGAGAAGAGAAGGAACAUGAGCCUCAACAUUGAUGGCAAGCGAUCAAGCAAGCAAAAGCGAACAGACAGGAUCAAGGGAAAGUGCAGCAUCAUGUAGCACUAGUGACACGGACGCUGCUUUGCUACAUUUUGGCACUAAUGACUGCAUUUUCAGUAUCCCUCGCCGCAUUCACUCACUGUGACUCUGCUGAUAAGAGAAAAAGAAAUGCACAUUCACUAAGCACCUUGAGUUCUGUCCCUUGACUGCCCCACUGUACUUUCUGCACACUGUGCAUCUGGAUCCCCUCAUGCAGUAGAUGUAGCUUGUGACUACUUGUCCACUACAAUAGAAGACUGAGUCCAGGAUAAUCAUAUCAGUAACCCAUGGAAUAAAUGAGAGAAGGCCUCCUUGGCCAUUCCUGGGACUGCAUAAACCUAUUAGAGCUAUAUCUCAUGCUCCCAGGAACCUAAGCAGUGUCAAUGCAUAGUCACGAUAGACAAUGUUAAGCACUCAUCAGUAUCUAGCACCUAAACUAAAGCCGGUUCCAGACAGACGCCGUGCUUUGAGAAAGAGGUGUAAUGAACAAAUGGAAGCCGUGCUUUGAGAAAAGAGAGGUGUAAUGAAUGGUAUUAUAGUUUCCCAGUACUGAAGACUGGGACAAAGAUCUCAGUUCUGUGCAGUUAUAGUUUGUAGCAUGUUAUAUUUCACAUCAGCCACCACAUCCCUGCUGGUCACUGUCUGUACCUGUUUAGUUCAUUUAACGGGUCAGGCUUUAGACUGAAUAAAGGAAAAGCAACAUACCUUCUCUGCAAGGAGAGCUUGUCCUCCAUGUCAGGUUAGUGCUGUGUCCUCCCUGUGGUUUGAACAUUACUUCUGCACCUUUUCAAAUAAAGGUUGGGGUCCACUGUCUAGGAGCACUUACUGCCCAACCACAUCAAAGAACGUCUCUUACAAAACAGUCACACAUUACAAUUAACUGUAUGAUUUUAUAUCAGAUGCCAUCUUGUCCUACAGAGUUUUUCAUUAGUUUUUUAAGGGGGAGGGUGUCCUAGCUAUAAUGACACUGUCAGUACAGUAAGGCUGGGAUGCAGUAGUGGUCAAACUGUAAGGCAAAGGCCCUUUUUAACACUGAUGCUGGUAGAUGUGUUUAAGGAUGCCAGGUUUUCCAGUAUAGAAAUUUAAAAGUUGGCCAAAUUCUUUUGGAAGUAGAGGCUGGUUCUUCUAACACAUAGGAAAUGCCCAAAAUAAGAGAGAUGUUAUUCAAAUUACUAGUAGCUUACCUCUCUCAUUGCUGAAUACUUUUGCACAGUGGUAUGGUGAGCAGCAGAAGGUGUCACCCAUCUGUCACCACCUCUGUCAUGAAGGAGCCAUAGAAGCUAAAUAAAUAAAUAAAUACGCUAGUCAGUUAAACUGCUUUUAUAACGGUAUGUAAAAGAGCCAAAGCCUUAAACUGUGGGAAGGACACAUGUUUUAGUUGUCUGUUCCUGUGUCAUCUUCUGAAUUGUGUGUGCAUAGUAUGGUAGGGGAUGGCAGUUUUUUCCAUAAAUAAUUUGUCAUUUACCUUGGGAUCUUAAGUCAACACUAGAAACUAAUGGAGUUGUAAGGGGACUGAUGCACUGAACGCUGAGUUUUCACUAACCGCACCACUGAAUGGACUGUGGUGGAAAUGGACAGCAACUCCAUUGCUGAGAUGCAGGAAGUCUACUUUCAUUGCAAUACACUCGAUAUUUAAACUCUUGUACUUGCCUUUUGUAAAUAUGCCUAGUUAUCCGAAGACAUCCAGCUUUGUUCUUCAGGUAGUUGUUAGAGCACAUAUCGACCGAUGCACUUAAAUUCCUAUGUUGAUUCGUAAUGUAGUGACUUAUUAUAAUGGAAAAUGCUUUGUGUGAACCAAUGGGAUACUCAUGACCGACCAUGAAUAAAAGAGCACCAUGGUCAAAGCUGGAUCUUGUAUUACAGAAAGUUGAGUAAUGAGAGUGAAUUUUCUUAAUGGAAUAGUUUAAAGAGAAAAAAAUAAGUUAGUCGGAUCUUUAAAUAGAUGCCAAAGGAGAAGGAUUAUCCAUUUUAUUAUUAUAGCCAUCUUUCUAAAUAUGAAAUUCCAGAGGAAGACUGCAUAAGUGUUCAGAGCAUAGCAAUGCAUGCAAACUAAAUCAGAAGAAAUUGUAAACAUCAGUGAAGAAAUCUGGUUGAUUUUUAACAUUCUGUAAAAGUAAAUUAUUUUUCUAGUAUGUGAAUAUUUGAAGGUAAUGUUGCUGUGUAGAGUCCCUCAAAGUCUAGAAGUCUUCAUAUGUCUUUUUCAACAAGGUACUGGCAUUACCUUACCCACUAAUGCCACUGGUUUAUUUUUACUACCACAUGAAUCUGUUUUGUCUCUCAAAGGCAGGUGCAACGUUGUAGUUAAAAUUCUCUAGCUUACUUUUGUUUCUGAUUUUUUUAAUUUUUAUUUAUUAAUUUUUGUGCUUACUCAUUGCAACUUUUUUCAUUUGCUUCUUUGAAUUUUAUAUAAUUCGUAACAUCAUCAAGCAAUAUCACAGAGCUUACCUGUAUGUGUUAUACCUAAUUAGUCUACUUAGAUUUGCACUCAGGUGUCAUAUAUGCUAUCAUAAAAUUGCCUUAAUGGCCAGGAAAUCUCUAAGCGUAAAGAAUAUAGAUGUAUUUACAAGCAUAUCCCUUUAUUUAUAGAAUUAGUUAACAGGGGUAGUGGACUGAUCCCAUUUGACCAAUUUCUGUCUUAGCCCAGAAUGUGAACACAUAUCAAGUGGAAAAAUAAAAAUAAUUUAUAUAAUAAAGAGUACCCCAAAAACAAAGGAAUAGUUAAUAUCCAACAGAAAGAAGAUUAAGAAGGUAGUGAAAAGAAAUGACUCUGUACAAUGUUUAUAUCAGUUACAGUAGUGACAUAGGCAUUAGAGAAGAGAUCAUAAAGUGAAAAUAUUAGGCAGUUUGUGUUGGGAUUAGGUUAAUGCAUAUGCAUGCUUAUCUGCAUAUUUUUGAUCAAAAUCUUAACACCACACCAGUGCUUGUUUUCAAGUCCCUUCCAGAAGCAAAGCUUAGGCUACAUACCUUAACUGGUUAGUACAAAAGUGGUAUCUUCUAGAUUUAAGCAAAGUUCUCAGGGUGUGGAGCUUAGUGCUGCUGCUGUUUCACAUUGUGCUGUAAUGUUUCCUUGUAUUGUGCCUGUUGUUAUGUAGGCUCAGAGCACAUUGCAAAACCCAAUAUACAAGAACAAAGAGCAAAACCCAAUAUACAAAAACAGAGAUCCCUGCAUUAUUAUGAUGUAGGCUUUAUCAGUUUUUUCCUUACAUUAGAGUUGUGUAAGGUUAUCAGAACAGUCCAAUUUGUCAUCACUAGCUUUUCUUAGGAUGUUGAGUGUGGGGAGACCUUCUGCGUACUAGAAAGCUUGCACCUGCAAAAACCAGCAAUAGCACAUCAUGGCAUAAGUACUCUGAAGUAGGGAAGUCAUGGGGAUAUUCUGUUAGAUGACAGCAGGUGAUACCUUGGGAACCUUGGUAUUAAUGUGAAAGUUUUCCAAGCAUAAACAGAAAUUGGGGUGGAGAUAAAAAUGCAGUAAGAAAAUGUUAUAAUGUAUCCAUUAUUAGGAAUUGUUCUUAUCUUUGAAUACGCUGAAUGCAGUUUGAAGUGUAAGAGAAAGUCUAUGUAGUGAUGCAAAGGUGGGUAUUAUCAGAUAAAGACAUUAUGCCAAUGAGCACUGAAUCAGUAGAAAGUAGAUGCCAUCAAAUCUGAGUGGCACAGAUCCCCAGGCCAGGCACAUCCAGAAGGAGAUCACUAUGAAAUGCUCUGGCACUGUAGUGUAUAACACAGGUCUGGGUUAGCUUUUGGCGUCUUGCAAACAUAAAUGUGACAGUGGUGAUAAACCUUGUAUGUUAAAUGUCCUACAGCUAACCUAUGUCAGCUGUCCCCUUCUUGCUACUCCAUUAUUUGAUUACCUUGACUCACAAUGUCCUAUACUAUAGCUAACCAUGUCCUCAGUUGAAUGUUCCUCUUCCCUGUUAGACUUUUUGGAAAGGGAAGUCUGCUUACCUUUCCUAUUGAAUUUUCUCACUAUGGUCUGAGACUGUGCCUUCACAUUCUUUUCUUACUCUUAACUACAUUACCCUUCUUCAUUACAGAUGGAAUGAUUUUUCCCUCACCAAUGAGUCAUGGAAUGCCUGCUGAACUUUCUUGGCCUUUUCUUACAGGGUUUACCUGUCAAAGGAUGAUUUAUUAUCUUAGUCUGCUUCUCUCCAACACUCUCAUACUAUCACUGGAUCAGAAAUGCGUGCAGCAGCUAGAUAUAGCAUGAUAGCAGGGAUGUCUUUCGAUCUCUGUAGGAGAGUUCCUUUACUCUGCAUCUCUGCAUUUUGUUUUGAUUGCCGUCUUUUUACAUUGCAGAGAGUUACUUAUGUUAUAAGGAUUCUAAGGAUGAGAAGGCCUGCUGCCAUAGGGCAAGAAUUCUCACCUCUGAUUCUUACAAAUGUGCUUCAUCUAUAGACUGCCUCCCAGAAUCUGGUGGACAGCCAGCUGACUCAUAGAGAGGACCCAGGAAGUUAGAAUUGGGGAAUCCACCUCUACAAAGAGGCCAAUCACAAGUGGUGUCUCUUAGGGAUCGGUUGUGGGACCACUCCUUUUUGACAUUAGCUUCUCUGAAGUAAAAUCAAAUGUCAGGCGACUCUGGCUGACCAAAUUUGCAGACGACUGCAAACUAGGAGCAGUCAUAGAAUCUCCCACUGAACUAAUGUUCU